GACGAGCACUCAACCCAGCGGUGAAGAAACUAACAAGACAUGGCGAAAAGAAGCGCCGCGCCACCGGCCCCGAGACGCCGCUGCCGCGCCCACGCCGUCCCGCUCCUCCACAGGACCCCUCACCGCUUCCUCCGCCUCCUCGGUGCCACUGCCCUAAAAGCCGCCCGCCGCCGCCUCACGGCCAAAUCCACCCGCGAGGUCGCGAGACGGAGGGAGCCGAAGCGCCCGGAGGCGGCGGAUGAGACGCGGGAGCUGGGCGUCGAGGCGCGAACCCCCGACACCGCCGCCGCGGACGUGGCGGGCAAGUACUGGGCGCACCGCCACAGCCUUUUCUCCCUGUACGACCGCGGCGUGCGCAUGGACGCCGAGGGCUGGUACUCCGUCACCCCGGAGGCCGUCGCGGCGUCGCAGGCCGCCCGCGCCGCGCCUGGAGACCUCGUCGUCGACGCAUUCGCUGGCGUCGGCGGCAACUCCAUCCAGUUCGCCGCCAGGGGUUGCUACGUGGUCGCCGUGGAGAUCGACCCCCACAAGGUGGCGCUCGCGGCGCACAACGCGAUGGUCUACGGCGUGGAGGACAGGAUCGAGUUCGUCGUCGGCGAUUUCUUCCGCCUCGCGCCUUUCCUUCGGGCAGAUUUGGUGUUCCUUUCGCCACCAUGGGGAGGCCCAUCGUACAUUCAAGCUCCAGUUUACACCCUUGAUAUGCUGAAGCCAAAAGACGGGUACGCCAUAUUCCAAGCUGCUCAGAAAAUAGCUCCUAAUAUCAUCAUGUUCUUGCCACGGACCGUGGACAUGAGCCAAGUAGAGGAACUUUCCUGGUUGGCUUCCCCUCCCUUAUAUUUCGAGAGUGAAGAGAACUAUGUACACCACAGAGUCAAAGGAAUCACUGCCUACUUCGGAAAAACGGCGGGAUCACCGAGCUCAUCGUCGAAAUUGGGAUGAGGAACAACAUGCUGAUGAGCUCAUUAGAACCUCUCUAUUGAGAAGAAGAAAGGUAUACAGACUUUUAAGACAGACUUAGAACACAGGAGUUUUUCCUGAUUCAUGCUGAGCUCGAAAUAUAUCUGUAAGAUUUUUGCCAAAUUUCCGUGCAAAGGAGGCACAGAUGGUGUAAGAACAGAGAGGAUUUGUAAGCCCAAA